AGAGACGGAAAAAAAUUAGCCUAAUGUUGUCUUGUGCGAGUGCGAGUAUUUUUUAUUUUUUAUUUUUUAUUACUAUUAAUUUAAUCAACGGCGUCGUAUUGGUCUAUCUUGCCAACAGAAUUCUCGCUCUCAUCAUCCAAGAAACGCCGUGGACCGCCGUGGACAACCCAAUCUCGCCGAAGCAACGCCACACCAUCGAUCCUCUGUCUCUCUGUUUCUCUCCUUCUUCCUUAUCUUAUCUACUUCUUCUGAACCCGAGGGUACUGAUUUGGUUUCUCUGUGAUUCACAACUCCGCAUCCUCUUUUUCUCCGUCUUCGGAACCCUACGAUACGAAAAACCUGGCACGGAUGAUGACCUUCCUCCAAAUCGAAAUAGAUUUCCAAGCAGAGGUCGUGCUGCUGCAAAUGGAAGAUCUGCAGUUAUAGGUUCUGCUCCACUCCCUUGGGUGCAUAGUGAUAUGGAGACCCAGAUCCACCAGAUAGAGCAAGAAGCGUAUAGUUCAGUCUUGCGAGCCUUUAAAGCUCAAUCUGAUGCCAUUACUUGGGAGAAAGAAAGUUUGAUUACAGAACUCAGAAAAGAGCUGAGAGUGUCUGAUGAGGAACACAGAGAGCUUCUAUCCGGGGUUAAUGCUGAUAAUGUCAUCAGGAGGAUUAGGCGGUGGAGAAAAGCAAAUGGGCUCCAACCUGGCAUGCUCAAUGGUAGCCAACCUAUUCAUGAACCCAUGCCUAGUCCAACUGUUUCAGCAUCGCGCAAGAAGCAGAAGACAUCACAAUCUGUAGCUUCUUUAUCGUUGGGUGCACCAACACCGGCAUUGUAUCCAUCCAUGCAGCCUUCUUCAGCAGCCUUAAAACGAGGCCCUUUCUCAGGAGCAAGGGGCAAGAAGCCAAAAUUAUAUUCUUCUACAGGUUUCACUGGAGGGCCCCAAGUUCGAAAGCGGGGUACAGGUUCUCUUGAUGUAAUUGAACCUGCUGAAGCAACAAAUUUUGAUCCACUAAUUGGAAGGAAAGUUUGGACAAGAUGGCCUGAUGACAAUAACUUCUAUGAGGCUGUAAUAACUGACUACAAUCCUGUUGAGGACCGUCAUGCUCUGGUUUAUGAUAUUAAUUCAGCGGAUGAAACGUGGGAAUGGGUCAAUCUCAAAGAGAUAAAUCAUGAAGAUAUUCGGUGGGAAGGUGAGGGUCAUGGACUUUCUCGUAGAGGUGGCCGUAGAUUUAAGAAGUCUAUGGGCCGGGGUGGUUCGGUUGCUGGUGUCGGAAGAGGUAGAGGGAUGUCUAAUGUUCUGUCCACGAAAGAAUUAUUUCCAUCACAAAAUGGCAUUGGAAAGAAGGCUUUGGGUGAUAUUGAAAUACUUCACACUGAUACCUUAAUUGAGGAGGUUGAGAAAGUUAUCAAUGCAAGCUAUCCUGAUCCUGCUGAGAUAGAGAAAGCAAAGAAAAUCCUUAGAGAGCAUGAACAAGCCCUAGUUGAUGUGAUUGCAAGGCUUGCAGAUGCCUCUGAUGGUGAAAGUGAUGGUGGAGAGCAUCAAUUCUGGCAAGGGCAAUCAACGGACCAAGAGGGAGGAUGGCGAAAUCAGCACAAUGAUGAAAUGGGUGGUGAAGGAAGAGUACUUGAAGGUUCAGAUGGCAAUAGAACGGCCAUGCAAGGAAUAGUUGGAUCCAAUGAUCAGCAACAAUAGGGCUAUGCCAUGUAUGUGACAAUAGGGUUAUCACAAGUGAUUAGAGUAGGUUUACAUGACCAGGAAAACCUGACUCCUUUUAUGCUCCUCUCUAAUUUUAUGACCAGCUAAAUGGAGGAUUUCUGGUUUUUGUAUUGUAAUUGAAGGUAGGUUCCAGUAUAUAUAUAUAUAUCGGAAAGUGGUAGGUUCCAGUAUUCCUUUUACUGUAUUAUAACAUUACAGGGGGAGCUAGAAUAUGCUUUUGUAAAUUAUGCAGCAAUGAAUAAUUUCAGACCAUGCAAACGUUGAUAAUUUUUGUGUUCUA